AUGAUACUCGAUGUCGCCAACGAGGAGUCCACCAGUCCAGGGGCCGGCCCACCGUUGCCGCCUGGAACCAAAGACGCCGACGAAGAAGUAGCGCCCGAGGUCGCCGAGGAGAGGUCCACCAGUCCAGGGGCCGGCCCACCGUCGCCACCUGGAACCAAAGACGCCGGCAAAGGAGUAGCGCUGCCCGGCACGCAUGGGGUCGCCCUGUCCUCGUCAACGGACAUGCCGUCCAAGGCGUCGAGGUCGAUGUGCACCCGAGUCGGUGGAGUGAAUGUGACUGACACCCCAGAGGGCGGCGACGCUGGCUUAGCCUUCACGAUAUCCAACAACUUCGAUGGCAGCAUCUAUGCUGGUGCCGUGGCCGCCGGGGUCGUGGAUGACAAAGCCGUGCUUGCCAAACCGGCUUCGGCCUCCACUGUUGUUCUCAUCAGCUGCUCCGAUGUCGCAGGCGAGGUCGCGUUAAGCUCAGCUAAGGGCACCGCCGCCUCGCGGUCGUCGGCAUCCGCCUUGUCUAUCGCCAAGAUGAUUUUGCUGCGCGCUCCUGGCGUUGAAGCCCUAAAUGCCGCUACGAGGUCGGGCCAACUCAGUCCGGCCAAACUCCGCACCAUCGCCUCUCCGGCUGCUGAGCUCGACAUGGCUGGCAGAUCGAGGUCGAGGUGGGUGCUUAAAGCAAAAGGUGCUCAAAGGUCUCGAGCGAUCAACUGCGGUUGGAUCGCUCGUACAAUGUCACUACGAGCAACGCGUUGCUCUACACAACAUAACUCCAAAAACACAUGA